AUGAUGAUGAUGAUGAUGAGCAAGGAAGAGAAUGGGGAGGAAGAGGAGGUUGGGAAUCUGCAGCUGGCCUGGGAGAUGCUGGAGGUGGCCAAAGUAAUCUACAAAAGGAGGGAGAGCAGAGAGGACCAGCUCAUGGCCGCUCAGGCGCACCUCAAACUGGGAGAAGUCAGUGCAGAGUCUGGGAACUACCCUCAGGCCGUGGAGGACUUCCAGGAGUGCCUGUCCCUGCAGCUCACUCACCUGCCUCCUCACAGCCGGCUCCUGGCUGAGACUCACUACCACGUGGCCACGUCUCUGUGCUGCAUGGAGCAGUACGACCAGGCGCUCAAGCACUUCAAGAGCGCGCUGAAGGUCGUGGAGGAGCGACUGGCCAUGUUGCAGGAGGCCAUCUCCAAAGCCGGCGCAGACUCUUCCUCAGAAGACACGAGUGAGAUGGAGGAGCUGAAGCUGCUGCUGCCGGCGCUGGAGGAGAAAGUAGAGGACGCAAAGGAGAGCCAGCGGACGGCGAGCGCAGCGUCCAGGGCCAUUCAGCAGACACUGGGAGGAGCCUCCACGUCCUCCGGCUUCAGUGAGAAUGGAGCGUCAUCGGGCUUCGGCUCAUCGUCAUCUGCCUUUGGAGCGUCUCAGAUCUCUGUGAAGCCUGCAGAGGGCGCCUCGUCUUCAGCCUCGAACAUCUCUCACCUCGUCAGGAAAAAGAGGAAACCAGACGAGGACAGCGGCGCAGUAGAGGACUCGGCUGAGAAAAAGACCAAACGAGACAAGAAUGAGUCUAGUUCCAGCAAUGGAGUCCACGGCACACAGCAGGAACCCAGUCAGUCGGCCAGUUCCACAGAAACGGCAGCGUGA